GCCACCACCAUGCCGCAGCUGGAGGCGGCGGCGGCGGCGGCGGCGGGCGACGACCUGGGCGCCCCCGACGAGCUCAUCGCUUUCCAGGACGAGGGCGAGGAGCAGGACAAGGGCGCCGGGCGCGGCUCGGCCCACGGCGACCUGGACGAGCUCAAAUCGUCGCUGGUCAGCGAGACCGAGAACCGCGGCGGCGGCGGCGGCGGCGCCGCCUCCGGCUCCGACUCCGAGGCGGAGCGGCCCCCGCAGCCCCGCGAAAGUUUCCAGAAGCCCCGCGAUUAUCUCGCCCAAGUGGUGCGACGGCAGCACGACGGGGGCUUCUUCAAGGGCCCCCCCUACCCCGGCUACCCCUUCCUGAUGCUCCCCGAGCUGGGCGGCCCCUACCUGGCCAACGGAGCCCUGGCACCCGCCGGCGCCCGCACCUACCUGCAGAUGAAGUGGCCGCUGCUGGACGUGCCCGCCGGCGCCACGCUCAAGGACAGCCGCUCGCCCUCGCCCGCCCACUUGGCCAACAAGGUCCCGGUGGUGCAGCACGCUCAUCACAUGCACCCGCUGACGCCGCUCAUCACCUACAGCAACGACCACUUCUCGCCCGGCUCGCCGCCCGCCCACCUCUCGCCCGAGAUCGACCCCAAGACGGGCAUCCCGCGACCGCCUCACCCGUCCGAGCUGCCCCCCUACUACCCGCUGUCGCCGGGAGCCGUGGGGCAGAUCCCGCACCCGCUGGGCUGGCUGGUGCCCCACGGCGGCGUUUGCAGGCAGGGCCAGCCCGUGUACUCCAUCCCUCCCGGCGGCUUUCGGCACCCUUACCCUGCCCUCGCCAUGAACGCCUCCGUGUCCAGCCUCGUGUCGAGCCGCUUUUCGCCCCAUGUGGUGCCGCCGCCGCCGCCGCCGUCGAGCCAUGGCCUCCACCCGCCCGGCAUCCCGCACCCCGCCAUCGUCUCGCCCGUGGUGAAGCAGGAGCCGGCGCAGCCCGGCGCCAGCCCCGGCGCCAGCGCGAAAUCGCCCGCGGCGGCGGGGAAGAAGGAGGAGGAGAAGAAGCCCCACAUCAAGAAGCCGCUCAACGCCUUCAUGCUCUACAUGAAGGAGAUGAGGGCCAAGGUGGUGGCCGAGUGCACGCUGAAGGAGAGCGCCGCCAUCAACCAGAUCCUGGGCCGGCGGUGGCACUCGCUCUCGCGGGAGGAGCAGGCCAAGUACUACGAGCUGGCGCGCAAGGAGCGGCAGCUGCACUCGCAGCUCUACCCGACGUGGUCCGCCCGCGACAACUACGGCAAGAAGAAGAAGCGGAAGCGCGAGAAGCUGGCGCAGCAGCAAAGCCACGAGGCCGAGAGCUCGCCGGCUUCCCGGAGCAAGAAACCGUGCGCGCAGUACCUGCCGGCCGAGAAGCCCUGCGCCAGCCCGGCGUCGUCGCACGGCAGCAUGCUGGAUUCGCCCGCCACGCCGUCGGCGGCCCUGGCUUCGCCGGCCGCCCCGGCGGCCACGCACUCCGAACAGGCUCAGCCGCUGUCGCUCACCGCCAAGCCGGAGGCGAGGGCUCAGCUCGCCGGCCACGCGGCCGCCUUCCUCGCCGCCAAAGCCGCCGCCGCCGCCCUCGGCGGCCCGUCCUCGCUCCUCGCCGCGCCGUCCCCGCCGGCCGCGCUGCAAACGCAGCCCCUCUCCCUGGUCACCAAGCCGGCGGCCGACUAAGGGAGGCGCUCGGCUCGCCGGCGCUCCCCCGUCCACCCCGCGGCACGGCGCAGGAGCCGCAAGCAACCUUCGAACGCCGCCAAACCGUUAUUUGGUC